AGCGGUCAGUGUUUCAGCACCAUGGUCAGCGCUCGGGUCAUCCUCAUCACCGCCUCCUUCUCCCUGUCCAUCAUCCUGUCCGCCUGUGAGGACUCGCCGGACACGCGCUCCGUCCACCCAGCCAUCAAAACCCAGCAGGAGAAAGACCUGAUCGAGGCUCUGCAGGCUGUUCUGGAGAAGCUGAAGAACAAACAGCUGCCCAGCACCACCAAGAAGCUCGGACAGCUGCCCUCAUGUGAUGCAGGUGAGCAGUGUGCUGCCCGUAAAGGAGCGAGGAUCGGUAAACUGUGCGGUUGCCCCCUGGGGACCACCUGCGACUUCUUCAUCAUGAAGUGUCUCUGAAGAGACCGCCGCGCGUGUGUGUGUGUGUGUGUGUGUACACAUUUCAGUAUAAAUCCUAAAUAAAGUCUAAUAAAGCUGUUAUUUACUAUAAACUGCCACAUUAUGUGUUUGUUAAAUGUAUGUUAUCAGUUCAGGCUGUUAUUCAUUACCUGUUACUGUUUCUCCCUGUAUGAGUUCAUUUAUAGCACAUUUAGACAAUUCAAAGUGCUUAUCACAAGUAAAAACACAA